AUGUCGUCCCUUCUAUCAGCAUCCAUGAUCCUCGCCAUAUCUCUUCUCAUGAUUGUGAUAUGGCGCAAGAGGCAGCACACCCGUUCCUCAUCAAAUGACCCGGCCAUAUGCCGCCAAAUCAUUGCCGGAGUGCUAAAAUCCACAGAAAAUCAGCAGCCGAAUACCCUCUCGCCACACCAAUCGAAAGCAAUAGCCAAUAGACAUCUCCCGAUCGCCUUCGGAAUCGAUAAUGCCUUCACUCGCACAGAUAAUGUCCAUGCCAGUAUGUUCGUCGAGAAAGUCAAGCCCUUGAUCAAUCUAUCGGCAGAGCAGUGGCACAGCGUCUCCGAAUUCGCCAGAGUCACAACCAGCCAUUGGGUCGAGCAUGGCUUCCCCGGGUUGAAUCAUAGCUGUUGCAGCAGUUGUCACAAAGAAAAGCAGAAGCCCGACUGCAAUCGGGUCAACGUCGCCAGUCUAGCACAAAUACUUUCAUUGAAAGUUGUUCUUUGGCUAGUGUUUGACAAAAAGACCCAGGACCAGACAUGUGAUGAGAAUCUACUGAACCUAGCACAGUCCAUAAAUCGAGUAUGGAUAUCCUCCAAGCUAAAAGACACUGAGAACGACAUUCCCAGAUUCGAAGACGAUAUAUUGCUUCAGACCUCGCUGAUCAAUAUCUUCGGGACACACAAUCACCCAGAGGAUAACCCACUGAACCUCAUCCUACCUUCCUUCGAAACGAUGUGGCGUGUCGUGUUACGUUCCUUCCUGGAGAUCAGAUUCGGCACCGGGAAAGAAGUACCAGAAUGGCGGGAGACAAUGAUUGCUUUUGCCGAGAAGCCCACCAAAAAGCAAUUCGACGCAGGCCCCGGGCCCCUGUCUAGCCUCUUUAUACCCGAUCCCAGCAUGGACGAUACACGUGGUGUCCAGAGCUCACCCAGUGCGAAUUACAUAGUCCGUGAAUCACUCCGACUAUACGUGCCUACGAGGCACAUACAUCGAGCAUACCAAUGGGACCAGGGUACGGGGACAUCUCAUGAAAUAAUAUCUGCUGAUAUUGAGGGAUGCCAUACGAGGUCUGAUAUCUGGGGUUCUGAUGCUGAGCAAUUCAACCCGAAUCGCUGGUCUGCUCUCACAUCGGCACAGGGAGAUGCGUUCAUGCCUUUUGGGUGUCCCCCUUUUGAAUGCCCUGCUAAGCCGACUUUCGGGCCGAGGAUGGUUGGUGUUUUGGUUGGUUCUUUGUUGGCAGCUUUGGGGGGUAAGGAGCGAUCAGGGACUUGGACUUUGGAUUGUGAGGAUGGGAGGGUGUUGAAAAACUUCUCGUCUGGGAAAAGGUUGUGUUCGCAUAGGAAUGCCUAUACGGAUUUGUAUCUAGUGCGGUCUUUGGGAAGGGAAGAGUGA